AUGUUAGAUUAUAAGAAUACUCAAUUAGUCAAAUAUACAAGUUGUAAGAAACUAUUAAGAGGGAGAAUUGAUAAAAUAGAGAUGAAGAUUAUUAGAUACUAUUAAGAAGGUGUGAAGGAAAAAUAUAUGAAUUAGAUAACAGAUUUAUCACAUAGCUUAUAAAUGAUAUUUUAUAAAUGAUAUUGUUCAAAACAAGGGAUGUUAAUUUGAUAAAUCAAAUGGUAUGGUUAAGAAUGAGUAUCAAUAGAUAAUUUAUCAAAUUUUGGAGUAAAAGAGAAGCAGGAUUCAUUAGAAAUAUUUACUCCUUAAGUAAUAUUUAAAAGAUAAUAAAUUAAGAUUAUUUUAGAGAUUACAAUGAUUAAAAAUAGAUAGCCAAAUAUUGA